AACCAGCAGCUCAGCUGACCUGAUGAAAGCAGAAGAUGAAGAAGAGGACGGUGGAGCAGCAGAGUCCAGCAGGAACCCAGACCUACACACUGAUGGAGACACUUCCAGCUCUUCAGAGACAGAGGUCAGUGAGGAUGAAGAGGAGGAUGAUGGUGAUAGUGACUCUGAAUUUGGUGAUAAUGGUGGUGAUGACAGUGAUGAUGUUGGUGGUGAAAGUGAUGAAGCGAGCCAUCCUGACUCCCAGCAUCAGCGCAUGUCAGACUCUGGAUCUGGAACUGAGGACAGUGAGACUGACUGGAAGGAGGGCAGAGAGUCAGGAGGAAACGCCGUCAGUUCAUUGAGUUGCUCUGAGUGCGGUAAACGGUUUGUUAACGAGCGCUCUCUGCAGAGACACAGGACCCAUCAUUCAACAGGAAGGUCUUCACGCCGGGCAGCUAAAAGUACUAAAGGGAAGAAAAAUGCUAACACACUAAGUCCAGGGAAAGUCCAGAGUGAUGUCAAAUUAUUCACCUGUGACGACUGUGGUAAAAGUUUCAGUUGGAAAAAUCAUCUAAGCAGGCACAAGAGAAUCCACACAGGAGAGAAACCGUUCGGCUGUGAUGUUUGUGGACAAAGAUUCAACCAGAAUUCUAACUUAAACAAGCACAUGAGAAUCCACACGGGAGGAAAACCCUUCGGUUGUGAUGUUUGCGGACAAAGAUUUAACCUGAAGUCAUAUUUACACAUACACAUGAGGAUUCAUACAGGAGAGAAACCGUUUGGUUGUGAUGUUUGUGGACAAAGAUUUAACCAAAAAUCCAACUUAAACAAACAUGCCAAAAUCCACUCUGGAGGAAAACCGUUUGGUUGUGAUUUCUGUGGACAAAGAUUCAACCUGAAGUCAUAUUUAAGCAAACAUGUAAGAGUCCAUACAGGGGAGAAACCAUAUAGAUGUGGUGUUUGUGAUCAGAGAUUCAACCUAAAGUCACAUUUAAACUUGCACAAGCUAACCCACACAGGAGAGAAACCAUUCGCUUGUGACAUCUGUGGACAACGUUUAAUACAAAAGUCUGCUUUAAAGAAACACAUGAAGAUCCACUGUGAGGUAAAAUCAUUUGACUGCGAUGUGUGUGGACGGCGAUUCAACCAGAAGUCGGCUUUAAAAAGACACUUGAGAAUCCACACAGGUGACAAACCUUUUGGUUGUGACGUUUGUGGGCAAAGGUUUAACCAGAAGGCACAUUUAAACAAACACAUGACCCUUCACACAGGAGCCAAACUGUUUGGCUGUGAUGUCUGUGGACUAAGAUUUAACCUAAAGUCACAUUUAAUCAAACACAGUAACGUCCACAGGGAUGGAGAAAGUGUUCAGAUUUAAAUGUUCACAGCUGUUAAAGCUUUAAAGUUCAGCCAUUUUAGUUUUGAACCACGAUUCUUUAAACUCUACAAUGCAAUAGGUUGCUAAAAACAUGUGGGAUAUGACAGCACACAUCUUUUCUCUACAGAGCAACAGACUUUAUAAAAACGCCAUGCCUGCUGCCGUCUAAUCAAAGGUUUCUUCAAAAGAAUGCCGGUGCUUUUUGUUUAAAUCUGUUUCUAUGAAAUUGACGUAAAUAUAAAAAAAUGUUUUUGAGCAUUGUGAUUUUCUUAAGCUUUUGUUUUUGUCGGUGUGUUGUGAGGGACAAACGUUUUUCUGUCAGAUGUUUGCAGUUGAGUCGAUGUCCUUGAUGUCAUUCUGUCGUCUGCUUUUAGUAGAAAUGUUUGUUUUUUCAAAGCUGCUUUUCUGUCUGGAGGAACCUCUAUGUGCCUCAUAUCUGGACACAAACACUUGUUUUGCUCUGCUGCCUGGAUGGUCAUAACUGUCAAACUGAGGACUUCAUGUGGCGUGAUUAUCAGCUGAAUAUGAAAAAGUAUUUCAUAUCAGAAGUUCUGUACAUGUAAGAAUAUUAAAGAACUUCCUUUGUUGGACUCUUGUGCAACUUGUUAAAAUUUAUUUAUACUAUAAAAACAAGACUUCAUUUCCGUUGCCUGACAUUGAAUCAAAGUAAACCUUUUCUCUUCAAGUAGGAUGAUUAGAGCUUUUUAUAUUUGCCAAAUUUCAGAAUAAUAAAUGAUUUUAAUCUCUUCACUUUGA